AGGAAGCUUCAUUGUUUUUACUGUUCGGGUCAAACUGAUAUGUUCAUAGAGAGACUUUAUUGUCAAAGCUGAUUGUUCAACAGCGAAAUGAUGCUCAGACAUUUCGAGUUUGACAUUUAGGUAACUUUUAAUGAACAAUAUUGCAGUUUAGUGUUGGAUUUGAGUCGAAAGGGACAGAAACAUGCAGCUUUGACAACUCCAAUUCUUCUCGACUGGAAGCUGAUUGGCUAAAUUAAACGUCGGCUCAGUGUCUGUCAAGAAAACCAGUGGAAGACAGAGAGCCGUCUCAGCCCACUCAGCCUUCCUGACAGUGCAGCUCCGAUAUGACUAAGAGAAGCACAUCUCUUCAGCUUGUCAAAAGGAUGCUGAACCACCACUGCAGAAGGAACCCUGAGCUUCACGAGGAGCUGCAGAUCCAGGCUGCAGUGGCAGCAGGGGAUGUCUGCACUGUCCGGAGAAUGCUGGAGCAAGGAUACUCACCUAAGAUCCGCGAUGCCAAUGGCUGGACGCUGCUCCACUUUUCUGCUGCCAAAGGAAAGGAGAGAUGUGUUCGAGUCUUUCUGGAGCAUGGAGCUGACCCAACAGUGAAGGAUUUUAUUGGUGGAUUUACAGCACUUCAUUAUGCUGCUAUGCAUGGCAGAGCACGCAUCGCCAGGCUGAUGCUGGAAUCUGAGUUUCGCAGUGACAUUAUAAAUGCAAAAAGCAAUGAUGGCUGGACACCACUGCACGUGGCUGCCCACUAUGGUCGAGACUCAUUUGUACGCCUCCUCCUCGAGUUCCGGGCUGAAGUGGACCCGCUGAGUGACAAAGGGACCACACCACUGCAGCUGGCUAUCAUCCGUGAGCGCUCUAGCUGUGUAAGGAUUCUUCUGGACCACAGCGCCAACAUUGACAUUCAGAACGGUUUCCUGCUGCGAUAUGCCGUCAUCAAAGGCAAUCACUCCUACUGCCGUAUGUUCCUGCAGAGAGGAGCGGACACUAAUCUUGGACGUCUCGAAGACGGCCAGACUCCCUUGCACCUGUCAGCCCUUAGGGAUGAUGUCUUGUGCGCCCAGAUGCUCUACACGUAUGGAGCUGAUACCAACACCAGAAAUUAUGAGGGCCAAACACCAGUAGCUGUAUCUGUUAGCAUGUCUGGGAUCAGCCGGCCCUGUCUGGACUUUCUGCAGGAGGUCACAAGACAACCUCGCACUCUACAAGACCUGUGUCGAAUAAAAAUCCGUCACUGCAUUGGCCUCCAAAGCUUGAAAUUCUUGGAAGAUCUACCAAUUGCAAAGGUCAUGAAAGACUAUUUAAAACACAAGUUUGACAGUGUGUGAAGGCAGAAACAAUAUAGAGGAGAAGAGGAAAGAAAGCUCUCUUUCUCCCGUCAUUUAUAAAGACUAUGCAAUCACUAUGCUCCUUGUUUGUAAGAAAUGUGCACAGAUCUGGUUCUCUGUAUGCUGAUGGAUAGAUAGUUCAGUUUGUUUAUCUGGUUCAACACAUUAGAGUUUUCUGUUCCUGUUCUCCAUUUCAACAGUUAAAACAGUUGGUAAAAAAUGGCUUUAGUAGGAUGAAGAAAACUUCAUUUGACUGCAGAUAGCAUUUUUAGCACAGUUAGCAUUUUUAUUUUCUAUAAAAAUGUGUAUGAUGUUAUCCUUGCUAGGUCAGAUUUUCAUCAUUUGCAUACUUGCCAAUGAAUAUUGGCAACCAUAACCCUCACCAUAUUUUUUUAACUGAGCUGGAGGAAGCUGAUCUCACUGCUGAAUUGAGGACGGUUUUCUCUCCGACUCAAAGUUAUUGUUGAGCUACUUGGAUAGCGAUUACUUCAAAUCAAAAAUCUCUGCAUGUUACACUCCCUGGUUUUGCUGUAUUACCUUGUUGGAAGUGUAAAUCCUAAAAUCACCAAACACAAUUCCAGUUUGUUUAAUGACUUAUGAAGUAAAUACCACCCCGUUGUGCCCAUUGAAGGCUAAGGUGUGGCGUCCAUCUUUAUAUUGUCACUUCAUAGUCUACUCCAGUAAUAAAUACAUGUUCGCUGCAGUUUAUACAAAUAGCUCAUAUGGUGUAUAUUCAGCGCUAAUGUUCAACUCACCCUAACCCUAACCCUCAACAAAAUUAGUGUGGGAUAACCAAAGUCUGCCCACCAUAACAUUAACCAGACUUGUCAAGCUGAAUGGGUGGUGACAAUUUGGUCUAAUUUAUCAGGCUACGAAUGUCCUCCAGCCUCACUGCUGAUGCAUUGAAACUGAGCUGAAUUUUCAAGUAUCAACAGUAAGAUGAGAGAAAGCUUUGAUGUUUAGAUCUACUACAGGGUGUAGUCUGAUAUGCAAUAAUAAGUCCAAUAGGAUUCAUUUUUAUUUCAUGAUGAAAUGACUCAAGCAAGAACACAGCAUGCAGUUGAAAUAAUAUCGGCGUAAUUUUUAGAUAAUUUCGAUACUACCAGUUGAACAGUGAAAGUGUUCUACAUCAGUCAACUUAAUUUCAAUGUUUCUUGAGGAUAUGUAGUACAUGAGUUUGGAGUGAAUGCACUGUGAUACAAUUCUUUUCUGAAAGCACCAUAAGGUCUGUUCUGGACAAUACUGACACAGAAUCACUAGAAGCUAUAGGCAAAUGUAAAUAUGUGACAUGUACAACAGAUAUUUUUGUAGAAUUUAUUUAAACAUUGAUCUCUGGUAUUCUUUAUGUAUUUAAUGUUUGGGAAGUAUUGUGAUCUGUUUUGGUGUGACUCAAGUAUUUCUUUUUUGUGUGUUUGAGUUCAGAUACUCUGUAUAAGAAUAAUUUGGAAUCAAGUGUUUUUUGAUUUUUUUUUUUUUUAUGUCAGAUAUGUUAGGUGCUUUCCUAAAAUUCAUCAUCUCUUGCAGGUAAUUCUGUUGUGGAGAUUAUACUGUGAAUUUUUCAUUUCGACAGUUUAUAACAAAAAAAACAACAAAAAAAGCAUUGUUUUGGGGGUUUACAUAAUGCCCAUGCCACAGGAGAUUUUAUUUUUUUUGUCCCUGCAUGUGUUUAAAAAGUGUAGUGAAAUUAUGUGGCACCUAAAGUUUUCCUAAAGUGUUGAUCAUAAGUCCAUUCUAACAAUGUUACUACAUUAACAUGUCCACAUUAUUUUCCUAUUUAAAUUUACAAGUUUGUCUGUAGCCAUUUUGUAAAAAGUACACAUUUUGAAGUGCAAAGUGUGCUCUAUUCAGGUAAACGUAAAGAAAUUAGAUUUAAACAAAAAAAAUACAUUUAUUUGAAACAAGUUUCCAAAAAUAGGAAGGAAGUCAGUUAAUUAAGUUGGUUAAUCUAGAAAGGGAAAGUGAGUGUGGACGUUGGGGAGUUGCUUUGAAUAGUUUUUGUUUGUUUGUUUGUUUUUUUUAAAUGAGCUUGAAUAAAAUGAAGCGUUUCACUAGGUUUGGACAUUGUUGGAAACAUUUGGGAUGAUGUAAGUACACGUCUCCAUAAAAUAUAUAACAAAAGUUUUUGACAUUUUAAUGCAGAAAUGCGGAAGAUAUCUUUGAAGGGGCCCUGUGGAGUUUCCUUGUAAACAAACAAAAGUUAUAUUUACAUAAAGAAGUACUCACCAGAAUGCAUUGUGUGUAUCCUUGAGCUUGAACAAAUGUGUUGAAUGCAUUUCCUUACUCAUAAAACAUUUGCAAAGCUGAGUUUUCUUAAAAGUUUGAACCACUCAUUGUAAGGAGGCAUGUUUACUAGCCAACACUCAUUAUGUCCAUUAUCUUUGGUAAAUUAAUGUGUUUCCUCAGCAUUACUGUCACCGACCAAUCAGCUCAGUGAUGAAAUCAGUGGCUUAAUUUUUCUUUAUUGUAUAAUCCCUUUGUACUUCAUCAUGCGAUGCCCUACUCAUAAAAAAAAACUGUUCCAUAACCCUACUUAAGAUUCAAGACUUCAUAAUAUAACUUAAAUAGGUCCUAGAUUUCACUGAGACACGUUUACUGACAACUGAGUAAAUACUGUGGACUUCUCAUAAGGCAACUGACACACCAACCAAUCAGAGUACAGAAUGAAACGACAACAGAGCAGACUGCCCAACACAGCUUCCUAAGCACCACUUAAUCUGCUUUAGGUGAGUGAAGAUAUUGCAGCUUUGGACCUGAAGCUGUAUCAGCAACGUGAUAUGAGUGGAUAACCAAUUUCUGCUUGCAUAUAUCUUUUCUGUGUACAUCACACAUUAUGGCAUGCAUCAAUAUCACAAAUUGAUAUUGAUAUGACAAAUUGAAACUAUGCUGUUGUAGAGUCUACUAAUGUAUUUAUUGUCUUUGCUGUUUGUGUCCAGUUGGUCAUCAGUUGUUACAAGUUUGGAUAUUAAGUUGCCAAUCACGUUGUCAGCCAUGUGAGACCUCUUAACACUGAACCGAUUUUGAGAGGGAUAAUCUUGAAUUAGUUUAGUCUUUGUUAGGCUGGAGUGUGUCUUUUACAUGUUUGGCUUUCUAAAAGAGGCACCUGCUGAAACUAUAUCAAAACCAGGAGUGGUUCUUUUUACUUAUUUAAGAAUGUGAGUUUGGUAUUCUUAGAACAGGCCAAAGUUUUGGAUGUAUUCCCAGAAGUAGUUUGCUGAUGUCUUUAUCCCAAGUUGAUUUGACUAUUGCUACUAAUUAUUUCAGUAAUACAUUCUGAAGACUAAAAUUCUGGAUUCAGCUCCCUCCAUUUUAACUCACUGUUCAUUUUUAUAAUGCAGUAAUUCCAAGACCCAUGUGAAAAUAGUGUUCAUAGUGCCAGAACGUUCUCUACCAUCUUUCAGUUGUGUUCCAUACUGUCUAUUUUUAUGCACCUGAUUCUGGAUUUGAUACAAUGCCAUUUUUCAGCAGUAGUUUUGUAUUAUGUGGGAUUAAGUCUGUCAUACAUUGACUGCCUUCUCCAAUCAGUUCCUCAGCAGACUUUGGUUGUCACAGUCAGGGAAACAGUUCAUACAUGUCUUAUGUGGCUAUCAAAUGGCUGUAAGUCUUCCACACCAUUAACUACUGAAUGUACAGAAUAUGCAGAUUUUCAGAUGUACAAAAAAAAAAAAGUGUGAAUAAACUAAGUUAACGUUUA